AUGCCUUCUUCUUCUUCUCGCCGUCGACCAACCAAUCUCGCCCAAUCCGUUUCCUUCUUAUUCUUCUCGUCGUCGACCAACCAAUCCCGCCCAAUCUGUUUCCUUCUUAUUCUUCUCGUCGUCGACCAACCAAUCCCGCCCAAUCUUUUUCCUUUUUCUCGCCGUCGACCAACCACGUUCUCAUUGUCAAUCGACCACUGUUCUCGUCAUCACUGUGACCAGCGUUCUCGCAUCAUCGGAAUUGAUUUUUCGUUAAUCUUAUUGAUAAAAAAGGGCAAAGGAGUGUUGCCUGGACGUAAAGAGAUUUACAUUGAUACCCGCACUCGUAAAGAUGGAGCAAUUGUCAAUGGAAAGGCUGCAAGAUUGAUUGAAGAACUAAAAAAACAUAAUAAUGAGGCUGGAACUUCUCAAUCAACCCAAGACACACAAGGUUCUAUGUCUUGGAAGGAUGACAUAUUUUAUCAAGUACAAGGACCUGAUAAAAACGGACGUGUGCGAUGUAUGGGCAAGAUUCCUCAUUCUAAAAAAUCGAAGGUUUGUGCAUCUGAAAAUGAAGAGUUGCGCGAAAGAGUUAAGAAUAUGGAAAACUUGUUAGCAAAUGUGAUGACUUUAAUUCAAAAUCGAUUUUCUGGAGCAGAUGUUAAUGAUAUAAUACAAGCUGCAAGACAGGUUCCUGAUGCUACUAGUGCUCAAAACCAUUUGAAUUCACUUAGUCCAAACAACAACGAAAAUAAUGAAAAUGGUGAAGAUUAAAAGCUAAUUUGUUGUUGAAGAUGGAAUAUUGGCAAUUUAGUGGACUCAAUUUCUUAAUAUUUUUUGAGAUUGUUAUG